AAGUUCUUCGACCGUGACUCAAGCAAAAUUUCACUUUACGAUGGCAUUGUAAACUCAAGCUGCCAAAAACUAAUUAGACUUAAUGCAGUAAUAACGUCUUCGUUGGAGACAAGAUUAACUGACUUGCCGCAAAAAGCGAAAGUUAUACGAUGGUGAAACCGUCUUCAGAGUUUCUCUUGGCUGUGCUGUCACUUUGUGUGAGCGCCUAUGGAGUAUCUUCUGUGGAACCGAUAUUGAUAGACACAGAUGGCAGUGCAGAACUCGGUCACUGUAUCUGGUAUGGACAGUGUGGGAAAGAUGGAGAAACGGAAAAAACCUGUCAACUGUGCUUACAAUGGCACUGCAAAAAACAUGACUGACCCCACGGGCUUGGAUAUCCUCAGGAAAUACUGCCCGCAGUAUGUGAAUGGAUACGAUGCUGAAGUCUGCUGUGACGCCAGCCAACUUCACCAGUUUAACUUGAACAUGGGCGUCCCAAAUCAGUUCUUGUCGCGUUGUCCUUCAUGUUUCCAAAACUUUCUCAACCUUUACUGUUUUCUGACCUGUGGCCCUCAACACAGCUUGUCCGUGAAGGUGACAAAACAGCGUCCCUACAGCGUUAAUGGCACAACAAAACAGGCCAUUACCAGUAUAGAUUACAUCGUGUCCAACUACUUCGCCCAGGGAAUGUACAAUUCCUGCAAAGAUGUGCAGAUGCCCAGCAACAACAUGAAAGCCAUCUCAGUGUUGUGCGGUGGAGAUGCCAAGAAAUGCAACGCAUCUAGCUGGCUCAAGUACAUGGGCAAUAAAGACAAUCAGCAGACGCCGUUUGCCAUUAACUUCAUGAUUACUGAUGACCCGGUGAACGAGACUGGGACGAUCCUAAUCCCCAUGCAUGUAAACAUCACACCGUGUAAUGAGUCCUUAGACAGCAGCCAUGGUCCUUGUAGCUGUCAGGACUGCAUGACAUCUUGUUCGCCGCUGGGACCGCCCAUCGUCCCGCCCCCAGGGUGGCAAAUACUGCACAUCGACGGCAUGAUUUUCAUCAUGUCAUGCUUCAUGGGUGCAUUUGUCAUCAUCUUUGGAAGCUUUUUGAUUUGUCGACACGUCGUUUAUUACGAUAGUGUAGGUAUUGAAGAUCCACCUCCUGGACGGGCUGACAAAGGGAGGUCGAGAAAGUACAAUAUGCGAGACAACAAUGCAGAAGAGCGAAAAGUGGUGCUGGAAGAAGAUGUGGGAUGUUUGGAAAAAAUCGGUGCCAAAAUGGAGAAAUUCUUAGAAAAUAAUUUUGCCAAAUGGGGAACGUUUUGCUCGCGCCACCCGAUCACCGUUUUGCUGAUUGGUUUACUUGCCUGCAUUGCCCUGGCAUCAGGAAUUAUCUUGUUCAAGGUGAUAACUGAUCCCGUCAAGCUGUGGUCAGCCCCGGAGAGUCGCGCUCGCACGGAAAAACAGUACUUUGAUUCGCAUUUUCAUAGGCCCUUUUAUCGCACAGAACAGUUAAUUAUCACUCGGUUUAAUGAAAGUGUGUUCAAGAAAGACAACUUGUAUCCGUCAGCUGGUUACUUGAACUACUCAACUAUCUUUGAGAAGGAUUUCUUCAAGCGGGUGAUGGCUCUCCAGACAGCAGCAGAGCAGAUGGAAGUUCCCUACGACAAUGGCACGAUCACACUGAAGGACAUUUGUUUUGCACCUCUGGCACCGGCGAACACGAACUGCACAAUUCAGAGUGUUUUUCAGUACUUCCAGAAUGAUCCAAAUCUUGUGGACAAGACGGCAGAUUACGGGCCAUAUGACUUUUACACGGCAGACUACCUUGACCAUCUUCAUUUUUGUUUCAAUGCUCCAGCCUCUGUAGCGGACACUACAGCCCUCCACCUGCCCUGCCUGGGAACUUUUGGGGGUCCAGUCAGCCCCUGGGUAGUGCUGGGCGGCUUCAAUGAUACAAACUAUUACAAUUCGUCUGCAUUUGUCAUCACCUUCAUUGUGAACAAUCACUUGGACCCAGAACUGAACAAACCAGCGGAGGCCUGGGAGAAAGCGUUCAUUGAGCUGAUCAGAACAUACAAUGACACAGACCAGAUGAUUAUAUCGUACUCCACAGAGCGCUCUAUCGAGGACGAGAUAAACCGUGAGAGUGAGUCGGACGUGGUAACGAUCAUCGUAAGCUACAUGAUCAUGUUAAUCUAUGUCUCCGUGGCACUCGGCCAGAUGAACUCCUUUGAACGAAUUCUGGUUGACUUCAAGGGAACUCUCAGCCUGGGAGGAGUGAUCAUUGUUUUCCUCUCCGUUCUUGGAUCUCUAGGAUUCUUCAGCUACAUUGGACAGCCUGCCACUCUGAUCAUCAUUGAAGUUGUGCCUUUCCUCGUGCUCGCUGUCGGGGUGGAUAACAUAUUUAUUUUGGUGCAAACCUAUCAGAGAGAUGUGAGAUUACCCAGUGAGACACGAGAAGAGCAGAUUGGAAGGAUCCUGGGAAAAGUUGGGCCAAGCAUGAUGCUCACAAGUUUGUCGGAAUCUAUCGCCUUUUUCUUAGGUGGCUUGACCAACAUGCCGGCGGUGAAGAUUUUCUCUCUGUAUGCUGCCAUGGCUGUCCUCAUCGACUUCCUGCUUCAGAUCUCUUGUUUUGUUGCUCUCAUGACCUUGGAUGCUAAGCGACAAGAGUCCAAGCGCAUAGACGUGGGAUGUUGCCUCAAACUGCCGAAGGUGCAGCCUAUGAAAAAUGAAGACGGCUGCAUGUACUACGUUGUGAAGAAUUACUACGCCGACUUCCUCAUGCUGAAUUGGGUUCGACCAAUCGUGAUGUUUGUGUUUGUGGGCUGGUUCUGCGUGUGUGUGGCCGUGGUGAACAAGAUCGAAAUUGGUCUGGAUCAGAAACUCUCCAUGCCUCAGGACUCGUAUGUGCUGGACUACUUCAACAGCCUGAAUGAAUACCUGUCAGUUGGGCCGCCUGUCUACUUUGUGGUGGAGGAAGGUCAUGAUUACACUACGGCUAACGGACAGAACGCCAUCUGCGGUGGGAAUGGGUGCCCCGAGAAAUCCCUGCUGGGACAGGUGUACAGGGCAUCAAGGAGGGCAAAUGAAACCUUCAUUGCUCAUCCUCCCAGUAGCUGGCUUGACGACUACUUUGAUUGGCUUGAUUCUGACCCGCCAUGUUGUCGAUACCGAUACGAUAAUGGCACUGCACAAAACAAGAAAGAGUUCUGUAAUGCUACUGUGGUGAAUGAGACAUGCUAUACAUGUGACAUCAAGUUCAUGGCAAAUUACAGCAGCCGGCCAAUCCCCUCCGAGUUCAUGGAGUUCAUACCCUGGUAUCUUAGCGACAACCCUGAAGAGAUCUGCACUAAAGGUGGCCAUGCAGCGUAUGGUUCUGCAGUACAGCUACUUAACAACAAGAAGAACAUAAGGGCUACCUACUUCAUGACAUACCACACGAUUCUGAAGACAAAUGAGGACUAUAUCAGGGCGCUGAAGUACGCCCGGGAGAUGGGUGACAACAUUACCAAAACCCUGCAUGACCUUGGAGGAAGUUCAAAUAUACGAGUUUUCCCGUACAGCAUCUUCUACGUAUUUUACGAGCAGUACCUGACAGUGGUUAGGGACACACAGUUUAACCUUGGCAUUUGUUUGGCAGCCAUCUUUGGCGUGACCUUCGUCUUCCUGGGCUUUGACUUCUUCUCCGCCAUCUUUGUGGUCAUUACCAUAGCGAUGAUCCUGGCCAGCCUGCUGGGAUUGAUGUUUUUCUGGAAUAUCUCCCUCAACGCCGUUUCUCUGGUCAAUUUAGUCAUGACUGUGGGAAUAUCCGUAGAGUUCUGCUCGCACAUUAUCCGAGCAUUUGCUAUCAGCAUAUCCGAGACACGAGUAGAUCGUGCCAAAGACGCCCUGGUUCACAUGGGGAGCUCUGUGUUUAGCGGCAUCACCCUCACAAAGUUCUCAGGCAUUGUUAUCCUGGCUUUCUCGAAGUCACAGCUUUUCCAGGUGUUUUACUUCAGGAUGUACCUGGGAAUAGUUGUGUUUGGGGCUCUACAUGGGCUGGUUUUCUUACCUGUCCUGCUUAGCUUCAUAGGCCCACCGAUUAACAAAGCCAAGCUGUAUGAGCAUCAGCAAACGGGCAUGCUGGGUAAAGACAAUGAAGAGACCGUCACAGCGACCACCAGCACGGAUCACCUGGUGGACGGCAAUUGUGAUCAGCCGCCGUCGUACACCGCCGUCAACACGUAAUUGCACAUUGUCCUCUGCUCGUUGGCAAAAUGAAAGACUGGUA